GUUUCUGCUCUGUCCGGGAGGCCGCAAAACAUAUUGAUUGUCUAUAGAAAAGUGAAAAAGAGCAGGUGGAGAAGCAGGAGGUCCACGAGCUCUUCCUGAUCCCGCUGAGCUCUGGAGAAUGCAAGCUUUUGGGCCAUUCCAGCUCGAACACCCACCUGAUCAAACUCCACACUCUAUGUACAGGUGGCACUUUGAGGGGGCACUGUCAGCUCCCUGGAGCGGGGUGCAAAGGGAAGCUUUUACGUCAACCAUCCCUAUAUCCGAGUCACAAAUGAUCACAGAUUCUGUCUCCCCCUGGCAAAGUCACAGAGGCGGUGAAAGCAGCCAUCUCAGCGGGUUACCGGCACAUUGAUGGAGCGUAUGUCUACGAGAACGAGGCAGAGGUGGGAGCGGGUGUUCAUUCCAUGAUCAAGGAUGGCGUGGUCAAGAGGGAGGAUCUUUUCAUUGUUAGCAAGCUGUGGUGCAUUUUCCAUGAGAAGUCACUGGUGAGGCAAGCUUGUGAGAAGACUCUCAGUGAUCUUAAACUGGACUACGUAGACCUCUAUCUAGUGCACUUGCCAAUGGGUUUAAAGGAUAGCGGUGACCUUAGUUCUUUGGACAACGGAGGAGAGGCAAUCAGUGAUGAUACCCACUUCCUUGAUACAUGGGAGGGGAUGGAAGAGCUGGUGGAUGCUGGUUUGGUCAAAGCUAUUGGUGUCUCCAACUUCAACAAGGACCAGAUUGAAGCCAUUCUCAACAAGCCAGGCCUUAAAUACAAGCCUGCCAACAACCAGGUGGAGUGCCAUCCAUACCUGACACAGGAGAAGCUGAUCAACUACUGCCAUUCUCAGGGCAUCUCAGUGACGGCUUACAGCCCCUUGGGCUCCCCUGACAGACCCUGGGCUACACCUGAAGACCCCUCACUGCUGGAUGAUCCGAACAUUAAACCCAUUGCUGAGAAGUACAACAAGACCCCUGCCCAAGUCCUGAUCCGCUUUCACAUCCAGAGGAAAGUGAUCGUGAUCCCCAAGUCGAUCACAGCUCAGCGCAUUCAGGAGAAUUUCCAGGUGUUUGACUUUAAACUAACUGAGGAGGAAAUGAAGACUAUUUUAGGAUUCAACAGGAACUGGAGAAUCUGUCCCAUGGAAUGGGGCAUGAAGCACAAGGACUACCCAUUCCAUGCUAAAUUCUGAAAAUAAAGGUUUACAAUGCUAAAUGGUAACCAGCUGCA